UAAUAUUGGCCAGUUUGAAAUGUAUCGAUUAUCUGUCUAUCAGAAAAAUUUCAUUUUACUCAAAAUCGAUUAUAUUUAUUGUCGUAUGUGUAGUAAAUUUUUUGGGAAGCUGGUGGAAAAGUCGCCAUUUUGCUAAGUAUACCAACUACCUUAAGGAAUAAUCUUAAAAACAACGCUUAAAAUGGUGUACAGAAAAUAAAAUAACUAACUAGAAUAUCGAUAUUACGUAAAUUGUGUUACCUGGAAGUAUCUUCUGCAACUGAAAAUUAUACACAUUUCUUUUCAAAAAUUGUUGAAAUAUAUUUUAAGAAAGUCGUAAAAAUUUAUGUUUUAUCAACAUUGCAAAAAUAAAUAAGUGUUUCGCUUUCAUCCGUUAUCACAUUUUCAAACAUGGGAAAUAACGCUACUACAUCUAACAAAAAAGUUGAUGCUGCAGAGACAGUUAAAGAGUUUCUUGAACAAGCCAAAGAGGAAUUUGAAGAUAAAUGGCGCCGAAACCCAACAAAUACUGCGUGCUUGGAUGAUUUUGAACGCAUUAAGACGUUGGGCACUGGGUCUUUUGGACGUGUGAUGAUUGUUCAGCACAAACCGACGAAAGACUAUUAUGCUAUGAAGAUUCUUGACAAGCAAAAGGUUGUUAAACUUAAACAAGUAGAACAUACUUUGAAUGAAAAGCGCAUACUCCAGGCUAUUCAGUUUCCGUUCCUAGUUUCUCUUCGAUAUCAUUUCAAGGACAAUUCCAAUUUGUAUAUGGUUUUGGAAUAUGUUCCUGGUGGAGAAAUGUUUUCGCAUUUACGUAAAGUAGGCCGUUUUUCAGAAGUCCAUUCACGUUUUUACGCUGCCCAGAUUGUGCUGGCUUUUGAAUACCUUCACUAUCUUGAUUUAAUUUAUAGAGAUUUGAAACCGGAAAAUUUAUUAAUUGACUCACAAGGUUAUCUGAAAGUCACUGAUUUUGGUUUCGCUAAGCGUGUAAAAGGGCGCACAUGGACACUUUGUGGUACACCUGAAUACCUUGCUCCGGAGAUUAUAUUGUCUAAAGGCUAUAACAAAGCAGUUGAUUGGUGGGCUCUCGGAGUACUUGUAUAUGAAAUGGCAGCGGGCUAUCCGCCAUUUUUUGCCGACCAACCAAUUCAAAUAUAUGAAAAAAUCGUAUCAGGAAAAGUACGUUUUCCCUCGCAUUUUGGUUCGGACUUGAAAGACUUAUUACGUAAUUUAUUACAAGUCGACCUGACAAAGCGUUACGGUAAUUUGAAGGCAGGCGUCAAUGAUAUUAAAAACCAAAAGUGGUUUGCCUCAACUGACUGGAUUGCAAUCUUUCAAAAAAAAAUUGAAGCACCAUUUAUUCCUCGGUGUAAAGGACCUGGUGAUACUAGUAAUUUUGACGACUACGAGGAAGAGGCACUGCGGAUUUCUAGCACAGAAAAAUGUGCCAAGGAGUUUGCUGAAUUCUAAUUGUGUUAAUUUUUUACAUGCUAUUGCGGAGUAGCAAAAUCGCGAGCAUUAUUAACAAUAUAAACGUAAACAAUGUACAUUAUAGUUACACCCGAUAGAUUUUAUCUUGGGUAUCGGGAAGUUUAAUGGUCUCCUGAAAUCUACCUACAAAUAAUUAUUUUUAAAUCAAGAUUGUUAUAAGUGAGAAUACUUUAAAAUGAAGCAGUGCUUCUCCUUUGAAAAUUGCAUUAAAAAUAUUAAAAGACAAAUUUAAAGCGAUUUCCUAUAAAUUUUUGUCGUGUCGUGAAAACAAAUCGUAUCAAUGGGAGCAUCAUAAAUCUUUAAUAAAUAUAAGUUGAAACCUAAUAUACGCUCAUAAAUAUCUUUUUCGUUGCUGUUAUCUGUCCUUAAUUGCUACUACAUAACAAGCCUAAGACAUUUGGAAGCAUAUACUUGGACUCAUCAACAAUAUAUGAUAUACACACCUCUUACGCGAUUAUAGCCGAGUUAACAACAGCGCCAGUCUCUUCUUUUCGCUACAUGGCGCCAAUUGGAUAUUCCAAGCGAAGCCUGGUCCUUCUCCACUUGGUCCUUCCAACGGAGUGGAGGUCUUCCUCUUCCUCUGCUGCCUCCGGCGGGUACUGCGUCGAAUACUUUCAGAGCGUUUUCGUCCAUCCGGACAACAUGACCUAGCCAGCGUAGCCGCUGUCUUUUAAUUCGCUGUACUAUGUCAAUGUCGUCGUAUAUCUCGUACAGCUUAUCGUUCCAUCGAAUGCGGUAUUCGCCGUGGCCAAUGCGCAAAGGACCAUAGGACCAGUACAUCCCCUAACAUAUUGGAAAUGAAGUAAUCUAGAACUCCACCUCGAUGAAAUAUCUUGGUAUGACGUUGGAUGCAAAGUUGAAUUGGAAGGGGCAUAUACAAAAAAAUACCAAAAAAUAAACUGGUUCAUCGGGAAGAAAUCAAAUAAAAUCCUAGACUACAUUCAAACAUUUAAAUCUAUUUGGACAUAUGGAAUACAACUAUGGGGAUGCGCUGCCCCUUUAUACAUAGAUUCGGUGCAACGAUUCCAAAACAAAGUUCUGCGAAAAAGUGUAAAUGCUCCGUGGUACAUACGCAUUUCGAAUCUACAUCGUGAUUCAUUUAAAAAUUGUUCCUUAAGUCAUUCGAGAAACAGCAUCGAAACAUGCACAAAGGUUACAAAAUCAUGUAAACACUGAAUCCCGACAACUAGGAGAUACUAGAAAUAGCAGGCGAAGACUAAAAGGACAACGUUUCAUGAUCUAUUACGAAUCUAAGAAAAUAUAAAAUAUCAUUAUAUUUAGUUGUAAAAUUUAGUUUAAGAAAAGCUUGUUAUUACAGUUUUUAUUGUUUUACUUCAUACAUUGAGAAAAAUAUUGCUUGUUAGUUUAAAUUUAUCACUAGUUGCAAUUUGAUUGAAAUAUAAAACCAUCAUUAAUUACGUUUCCAUAAAAAAAUCACUUGCGAGUAGCCAGACACUAUUCCUUUACAUAUGGCUCAGGCACGACUGCCGGUCCUUGACCAAGUAUCCUCUGGGUAACCAUAGAACAUCCGCUAAAGGCGAACUACAGUGAAAAGGGGAAAAUCCCCUCCACAGGUUUGUGCGCUGGAUUUAGGACCCGCCGAGUAAAAACCGCCCCAAUGAAAAAUUACCAACAGCCUCGGAAAAUAAACCCCCCUAUUGAUGACCACCAUGGCAAACGCAUUAAAGAUAACGAUUUAAGGGCAUGCACCUGGAAUGCAGACAUCACCGCCGUCCAAGAAAUGCGAUAGUGCUUGUAGCAUUUACUACAGUGGUCAUAUAAAGAAUACUGCCAUUUAAAGCGAAGUUCCCGGACGGAAGGCAUGGACGAUGUGACCAAAGAUGGCUUCUAUGAGCGCUUGGAGCCUAUGAGAGCUGUUCCCCCACGAUGUCAAAAUCGUGCAUGGCGCCUUCAACGCCAGGGUGAGCAAAGAAAUGGCUUGAGGCUGAUCGACAGCAUUUCAAUUUCCCUACGUACCAACCGCAACCAUUGGGCUUUGGAAAAUGCAAAAGAACAGCUGGUACGAUGGGGAGUGCCGUGUCACAGCAGAGAGAAAACAUACUGCUUACCUCACAACGUUAAGAUUGACCACAACACGUGCGGGAUUGGAUAGAUGGAUAAAUUCUACGAAAAGAUGCGGCGGCUAACAAGUUUCAUGAUCGGAGCAAACUCUUCUAGAACCCCCAAAGGUGAUCUAGUGACCGAUGCUCAGAGCAUACUUAAAUUAUGGAGGGAACACUUCUCCAGCCUGCUGAAUGGCAGUGUACGCACAACACCAGGAGAAGGCGAACCCGAUUCCCCUAUCGAUGACGAUGGAGCAGACGUUCCAUUGCCCCACCAUGGAAAAGUUCAAAUAGCAAUUACCCACCUGAAGAACAACAAAGUGGCGGGGGCCGAUGGAUUGACGGCCGAGCUAUUCAAACACGGCGGCGAAGAACCGAUAACGAGCAUGCAUCAGCUUUGUAAAAUAUGAUCGGAUGAAAGCAUGCCCAACGAUUGGAAUUUAAGUGUGCUAUGCCCAAUCCAUAAAAAAGGAGACCUCACAAUCUGCGGCAACUACCAUGCAACAAUUGUUAGUUUGUUACAACGCGAUAUACCAACGAUGAAUAAGCAAGAAUAAACUCGUUAACAAAAACGCAUAUUAGAGAGUGUAGCUAAUAAUUUCUAUAAGAAAAUACGAUUGGACUCCAUAAAUAUACAACAGAAGCGGAUAUCUUUUUUUAUUAUUAUUUUACAUUGUACCUAGUAUAUAAAAAUAAAAUACUAACAACAAUUCUGGUCUAAAUAAGUAGAAGAGAUACUUAAAAGCUAAAUGUUAAGAAAUACAUUUGCUGCUACUGUUGUCUUACUAGAUCGGGAGAAUUCUUGCGUUUCAACUGGAUUUUUCCCCCAGCAGUUUCGAUGAGUCCGGAGGCUUCCUCAUUAACGUGCUGUCUAAGCCUCAGUUCGUGAGGCUUUGCUAAUUGGCCCAUAGUCCUUUUGAGUCCUGUGUUUCCGAUAUGAUUUUUAAUUUCUUUAAUAGUAACAGGAGAACUGCCGAUGUGUGGAUCCAUCCAACUAUUUUCACAGUUUAUCUCAUACCCAUCGACAGCGUAAAUGUGUUUCUCAAAUAAUUUGCAAAUACGGCAGCUUUCUGUUCAUUCGUUUUGGCCCAUGCAGUUUCGUUUAGUUUUAAUGGUGCUACAUGUUUUAUUUGUUUAUUAAUAUUUCUUUCAGCUUUCCAGAGUGAAUAGUCGGUGGAUUUAUCAGCUGUGAGUUUAGCUAGAUAAGUUUUGAAUGAAACAUUUUUAAACUCUUUAAUUUGUGCCCUUAGUUUUGCUGUACAUUUAUUAAGCUCAGUUUUGAGAGCAGAGAGCCAUCUCCGUCGAAGCUAGCGCUUUUUAUGGAUACUUUCUUCCACGCAGCGUUUUGAAUUAUUUUUGUGAAAUCUUCAACCUCACAGUCCAGCUCAAUACCAGUCAAUAUGUGCUUAAGCUUUCGGUCGACUUUAUUCAAUAUAUUUUUAAAUGUAUACCAAUUAGUGUAUUUAUUACAUAACGUCGGCUUGGCGGCCGAAAUAAUAGGCUUUUCAUACAGAGUUAGUAGCACUGGAGAAUGGUCAGAGCUUAGGUCUGAGCAAUCUUUUAUACAUAAAUUGAGUUUCGGUAUUUUAUUGAUUAUAAAGAAGUCCAGAAGGUCUGGCAAUUUCUGACUAUCUGUAGGCCAAUAAGUGGGUCUUCCUGUAGAAACAAAAUUGUAUCCAACUGCUUGGUUGUAGUCCAACCAGAUCCCAAUUGGUGUGUUUUGCGUUAAAGUCGCCACCAAUGAUGUACCUUCCGUCAUAUUUUUUUAAUAAAUUCAUAUAAGUUUCUAUUUUUAUAUUAUGUCUAGGUGGACUAUACAGAGCAAUAAGAUACAAUGGGUGAUUGUGCAAUUUAAUGAAAUUGUUGUAGCUUGAAUUUCUUUAUUUCUUCUUCUUAAUUGGCGUAGACACCGCUUACGCGAUUAUAGCCGAAGUUUUCAUUGGGUGUUUUUUUUUACGUGGCGGGUCCCAAACCUAGCGCACAACCCUAUGUAGGGGAUGUUUCGCCUUCUCACUUUAGCUCGCCUUAAAACGGAUGUUCUUAGGCUACCCAGAGGCUACUUGGCCAAAGACCGGAAGUCGUGAGCUGCUUGAGCCAUAUGUAAAAGAAUCGUUUCUGACCACUCCCAAGUGAAUGGCGAUCAGAGAACUUUCCUCACUUGCGUGAACUUCUACACAUGACCCCAUCCUCCAUGUUCAAUAUUGCUUUUGAUAACUAUAGCGCUCCCUCCUCGUGCUGAGUUUGCCGGGUGUGGUGUGUGAUAUAAUUCAUAAUUUUUAAAUUUAAAAAAUGAUUGAUUUGUAAAAUGCGUUUCAGAUAAUAGAUUGUGCCCAAAAAAUAAGGUGACAUUGUAUUUAUUUUGAAAAUUCUUUAUUUAUUCUUCCAAAUUAAUUUCAUCCCCUUCAAAGUAAUCCCCUCUCGAUGCAAUGCACUUAUGCCAAUGGAUUUUCCAAUCUUCGAAACACUGGUUGUAGUCACUUUCCGGGAUGGCCUUCAGUUCCGUCUUCGCUGCGACUUGAUCUCCUCUAUCGUAUAAAAAUGGUGUCCCCGGGGCGGUCUUUUGAACUUGGUGAACAGGCAGAAGUCGCACGGCGCCAGAUCAGGUGAAUACGACGCAAACGACGCAUAACGUUCAAAUAAUAUUCCUUGUUGACUGUUUGACCGGUUGGAAGGAAUUCAUAAUGCACAACACCACGAUAAUCGAAGAAAACAGUCAACAUGACCUUGAUUUUUGAGCGACUUUGGCGUGAUUUUUUUGGUCUCGGCUUUCUUUUGGCACGAUAUUCGCUCGAUUGAUGGGUUGUUUCGGGGGCGUAAGCAUAGAUCCAAGUCUCAUCGCCAGUUAUAAUGCAUUUCGUGGCACCCUCGUAGUCGGAAAGCAUCGUUUCACACACUUCAACGCGACGCCUUUUUUCCAAAAAAUUCAAUGUUUUCGGUACCAGUCGAGAUUUGACGCGGUAGAGGCCCAAGACAUUCUUCAAAAUGGUAUUGGCUGAGCCUUUCGAUAUGCCAACUUCAUCAGCAAAGUCUCUAAUUGUUAAUCGACGGUUUUUCAACACCAAAUCUUUGAUUUGUUGAACGUGAGCUUCGUCGGUUGAGGUUGAUCUUCGUCUUCGACACGUUCACGGCCGGCUUGGAACUCACUAUACCACUUGUAAACAUUUUUUUUAGACAUAGCCUUAUCACCAAAGGCUUUCUGCACCAUCUUCAACGUAUCCGCAGCAGAACAUUGAUUCCGUAAACAAAAUUUAAUGCAAAUUCUUUGCUCAACAAAUUUCGACAUCGCAAAAAACGAAAAACUCACUUUUAGCAGCUCACAAAACGACACGUAUCUCAAACACUAAUGAAUAUUUUCACAUAAAUGUGACUGACAGUACUACCAUCCUAAAAAAAAAAUAAGUCUACAAAUCAUUCGACACGCGCAGUUGAAAUUCAAAUGUCACCCUAUUUUUGGACACAGUAGUAUAUCAAUAUUUCUGUCGUGUAGAAUAACUUCUAAUUCAUUUUUACUUUUUUAAAGACCAUUAACGUUCCAUAGCAUUAUUCUCAAAAAGUUACUAUUCAUCAAUAAAUUAUAGGUGGUACUCAAGAGCUUUGAGCCGCUGAUUAAAGUACUUAAAUAGUUUCUCUUGCUCAUUUAGUUUAUCCAAGAUUUGGGAUAACGGACUACUUUUUUGAAUGUAUGGCCUUGUUUAGCUAUUUGCGCAAAUGAAACUUUAGAAACGGAAGGAAGGGAUUUUAAUUCUGUGUUCACAACGGGUUUGUUCGUCGGAGCAUUGGCAUUCUCCUCAACUGAAUUACCAUUCUUUUUAUCUCUAAGUUUUUGCAGUUCUUGCAGGAUGAGAAUCGCCGCAGUUGCAACAUUUAGCAGGGUCUUUCUGCAUUCAAUAGUAGGAUGUUUGCCUCCACAUUGCACACACCUCGAUGGCUUACCACAGAAGUUUUUUGUAUGUCCAAAAGCUUGGCAGUUUUUGCGCUGUGAAAUUAAUUUAGAUGCUUUAAUAGGCUCAAUUUUGAUAACGGUACUAAGAAUGGUUUUGAUCUGGUGAAUUUUCUUAAUGUCUUCGGUAGCAUCAAAUACUACUAAAAAACAUAUCUAGCGGUUCUUUAGUCUUCCAUUUAAGCUUAUUAAUUGCAUUUGUAACCUUAAAACUUUGAGAUUUUAGAUAAUUUAAAAUGGAACUAAAUUACGAUUGUGACAAUUAGAGUCAUGAGACAAUCGUGACAAGCAGAAUACCGAUAUAAAAUUGGUGUCAUAGAAUCAAUUCGUUCUAUAAAUCCUAGUAAAGAUUUUCAUUACCAUCAUAUGGUAGUAUACUAGAAAGAUUAGUAGAAAUAAGUUUAAAUUUAGCAUUAAUAUCUAAGGUGUCCAUUGUGACUAUGGCUUUUUGUACAGUGUUAUAAAAAGUAUUUCCGUGCAGUGUUGUUGCAAUAUUUAUAUUUCAGCUGCUUUUUCUUCUUCUUGUUGGUGUUUAGUUGUUGCAGUUGAAUAUACAAUUUUGUUGUUGAAAUGUUGUUUUAUAAAUACCUUUUGUAAUGAUGCUUUUUGUAGUGGAAUGCUCUGGUCUGUCCAAAACGGCGAAGAUGUUUUUUUUCUUUUUUGAGGUGACCUUUUACGUUUUCACAAAAGAGAAAAUGUAUAAAUUAAACACGAUUUUAUAUUUUAAAAUUAUGUAUAUGCAAAUAUCUCCCUUCCGCCUUUUUGUCUUUUGAAUUUCGCGGCUAUGUAUAAAGCGCUACAGAGCUCGUAUUUGGCAAUACUAUACAUCUUUGAAAGACGUGUAAACAUGAAGUUCACUAACGCCGAAAUUCGCGCUCUUUUAAAGUUUUCCUUCGUUAAAGCCAAAUCCGCUAGAGAAACGUUCUGUGAGAUUAAUGGUGUUUUGGGGGAUGGUACUCUAUCGCUUCGGAACUGCGGGGGAAUGGUUUUGACGAUUCAGAGGGAGUGAAAACAAACCAUGGAUAAGCCAGCCGACGGAAGACCUGUGACGACGAAUACCGAUCAAAUCAUGGAAAACAUCGAGUUAGACCGGCAUGUGGCAUCUUCUGACAUCGCCCAGAAGAUGGGAGUUAGUCACCAAAUCAUUUUUAACCAUCUGCAGAAAGCUGGAUACACAAAAAAGCUUGAUUCUUGGGUGCCGCAUGAUUUGACGCAAAAAAGCCUUCUGGACCGAAUCAACGCAUGCGAUAUGCUACUAACGGAACAAAAUCGAUAGUGACUGGCGACGAAAAAUGGAUCACAUACAUGUGUGUUUGGUGGGAUUGGAAGGAAAUCAUCCACAAUGAGCUGGCCCAAUAUGGCCAGACGCUUAAUUCUACCAUCUACUGUGAACAACUGCCCGCUUGAAGCAGGCGAUCGACCAGAAGUGUCCAGAAUUGGCCAACAGGAAGGGUGUAGUGUUCCACCAGGGCAACGCCAGACCACACACUUCGUUGAUGACUCGUCAGAAGCUACGGGAGCUCGGAUGGGAGGUUAUAUCGCAUUCACCAUAUAGCCCGGACAUAGCGCCAAGUGAUUACCACCUCUUCUUGUCCAUUUCGAACGCCCUUGUUGGUGUACAGUUGAACUCAAAAGAGGCUUGUGAAAAGUGGCUGUCCGAGUUCUUCGCAAAUAAGGAAAAGGGCUUCUAAGAGGGGGGUAUUAUGAAGUUGCCGUCUGGAUGGUCUGUAACAUAUUCUGUAGAGCAUUGAAUAAAGAGCAAAAAAGGAAGGGAGAUAUUUGAUAUACAUAUAUUUGCAUGAAAAUGUAAAUUAAUUGAUACUGCUUAAUAUAUAACUAUAUAUAAAGGUAAAUAAAUUGUAAAUGAGAGUACUUAAUGAGAGUUUUUGAGUUGUUCUCGCGAAGAACCCCAUCCCCGUGGAUUAUCUUUAUUAUGCAAAUGCAAAGUGAGCCUUGGGGAGUGCAAAUGUACGUAUGAUGCUGUUUAAUUCUAAUAACAUUGACAGACGACAGCGUUCUUCUUCUUUACUGGCGUAGACACCGCUUACGCCCUUAUAGCCGAGUCAACAACAGCGCACCAGUUGUUUCUUCUCAUCCGAGGCUGUUGGUGGUUUUUCAUGGGGGGUGUUUAUUUACGUGGCGGGUACCAAAAAUGCGCACAACCCUAUGCAGGGGAUGUUUCGCCUUCUCACUCUAACUCACCUUCGAACGGAUGUUCUUAGGCUACCCAGAGGAUGCUUGGUCAAAGACCGGAAGUCGUGAGCUGCUUGAGUCAUCUGUAAAAGAAUCGUUUCUGGCCACUCCCAAGUGAAUGGCGAUCAGAGAACUUUCCUCACUUGCGUGAACUUCUACACAUGACUCCAUCCAUCGUUAAUCCAGAUUAAUUCCAGAGUUAGUGAACAUAACUCCGUUGCUAUCUCGCAUUUUAUCCAUAUUUUAUCUAAUCUAAUAAAACAAGAACUUUUGUGUUAUGAUGCAAUUUUAAAAAUAACGUGUUGGUACGUGUUUUUGUAAUAUAAAAUGGUUUUGUAAAAAUUGAUCGGCAAACAACCGCAAUGUUUAUCUUUUAUCCAUUUUCAUUGAAAAUAUUACAAAAAUGGCAAUCAGCUGCUUACGAGAUGCCGUCUGCCACCUACAAAUUAGAACCUGAUUAAUCGAAUUUUUCUGAAAAUUUUUUUGGGAGGGAAAGAAAUAAUUGAUUAAAGCGAAAUUUUUAGCGUUUAUAGUUAUAUGUAUAUUUAAACAUCAAUCACAAAUUUUUCGGAAACGAAAUCUUUGAUAUUCUGCUUUUGGGAAGCAAUUGCCCGAUGCAUCUCGGAUGUGCAUUCAUAUUCUUUAAUAAUAGGGCAAUUCAGAAUCUGGUGCAAAUGGUCUUGCAUCUUUGCAAUUGCAAAUUAGCGAGCAUAUUUUUGCUUUUACACUAACAAAAUGUAUAGCGAUGCAACACUAAAACGCCAUUGUAUUAUUUGCCUCAUUGGUUUGCAAAUUAUCAGCUGCUAUAAAAGUUAAAAACAUUUUAAACAAAGAGAAGAAAUGGAGAAAUUUUAUAAAUUAAAAAUCAAGAAAUUUGAAAUUUGUGCUAUGUGCCACAUAAAUUUGCGGCCUUCAAUGUCCGUAACUUCUUCAGUAGCUUCAUCAAAUAAAGCGUCAGUUAAUUUUUCCCUAAAACUUUUUUGCGGUAAUAUUUAAGGUUUGAAAAGCCAAUUGUAUGAAUAUGUGAUGGAUAUUUCUGAGCAACGAAAAUUAGUUGAUGAAAUUUUAGUUUGAAUGAAAAAACGAAAAUUCCUAUGUUAAAUGGGGAACCAAAAAAAAAAAAAAAAAAUAGCAACCCCCUAGAGUUAAGCUACAGCGCCUGGCUUGAGAGAGGAUUUUUUGUUUUCCAAUCACUAACAUUUGAGGGCGUAAGAGUUGAAAAAAAAAAUUCAAAAAAUCUUUUCGAAGACCCUAGUAUGUAUACUCCAUUUUCCAAUUUUCACACCGGCUCACCGGCUCCGAUAGAGCCCCUUAUACCAUCUAUAUACCACCUGUAAAUAAAUAAACUAGUACUCAUUUUAUGCAAGUAACCAUCUUAAUUCAACGUGCUUUUUUUUUUAAAAGGGGAGAAAAUGUUUUAGCUUAUAUAUAUGUUAUACCAUGUUCAGACCGACACUUGAAUCACACGAUUUCGGCUGUUGAGUCGUUUAUCCUACCAAUCCUAUAAAUUUAUCAAGAUUUCGCCAUACAAAAAUGACAGUUCAUAACCACUUCAUCGAAGUGAUUUGAAACUGACCCACUCUAAAUCUCUCUGUGCAACUCUGAUUUUGCGCCAUCUACUUGUCAGACAUCUACUUGUCAGCAUUGAAAAAAAUACAUUAUAACAGCUGAUUUAGACACUACAAAGGGAAAAAAUGUAAACAAACAAUUUUUUUUUAAACAAUGAAUCUAAUUUCCACUGAAAAUCGACUUUCCAAAUGAAAAAAUGCGUCCAUUAUUUCCAUUAUAUGGAAAAUAUUUAAAAGAAGACGUCUUUUAUUACAAAAUACUAUAGUAAAGUGGCAACGCGGGUCAAUAAACUUUGGUCCUAUUCGACCUUACAUAUAUGACAUUGUUUUCUGUUGAUAAAUAUUAAGCGAUGUGAAUUCUUGAAUGGCAAAAACAGCUGUUUUUUUCAUCUUUCCAAUGGAAGUGAAAAAGGGGCUGAUUAAUGAAGGGCUUAAAUGUAAUCUAAUCCCUUCAAAUUUUCGGUCUGAACAUGGUAUUAAGUAGUAAACUUGUGGUUUAAUAAAAAAAAUAAGUUAUAGUUCUAAAAAAUUGAAAUUUUUUUUUUUUAGUUUUUUGAUUGAUUCCUUUCCCGAAAAAAAAACUAAAUAAUACUUUAACUAAAUUAAUUUUUAUAUUAUUAAUUUUAAAUACAUACCAUGUUGUCCAGAAUCCAUAAAAAAUAUUUUACGAAUUCACUUCACGCAACACAAAAAACCACUUGCAAUUUCGAGAACAAGAGGGAGUUUCGCAAAUAAGGACGUGCGUACUGAACGAAGUCUAGGUUCCGACUACUUUUGUGGCAAUAUAGUGGGCUGAAGGUGAAUAAUUUAAUCGGUUUAUUGUAGUACGGUUACUUAGGUACUAAAAAAAUAAAUUUUGAGUAGCAACGCUGGAGUUUGUAAUUCUCACUUUUAUAAGGAAAAUGCUCCUAUGUGUGACGUUUAUUUUUUUUCUAUCCUGUCCGCCAAUUAAGAAAAAUAGUAAAAAUGAAAAACCGAGAAAUUGCGCGUAUAAGUUUUCGCUUUCUGCUUUUCUCGGUCACUAUUUCCCUUCCAGCUUCGAAAAUAUUUCGAAGUCCCAUCUAUAACUUAGGAGACAUAUACUCCCCUGAAGUGUGCAGUUAAUCCGGAUUAACGUUGCCUUCUGUCAGGUCUAUAACUUCUCCUAGAGGUCAUUUUAAAAUUAUAUCAAUAAAAAGGAUGUUGACAAAAGGAGAGAUAAAAGUUAUGUACAAAAAAGUAAUGUUAAAAAUAAUAGGGUGAAUAUUACAAUAAUAUUAAUUUGUGUGAGGAUGGAGUCAUGUGAGAAGUUCACCGCAAGUGAGGAAAGUUCUCUGAUCGCCAUCCACUUGGGAGUGGCCAGAAACGAUUAUUUUACAUAUGACUCAAGCAGCUCACGACUUCCGGUCUUUGACCAAGUAUCCUCUGAGUAGCCUAAGAACACCCGUUUGAAGGCGAGCUAAAGUGAGAAGGCGAAAUAUUCCCUACUUAGGGUUGUGCGCUGGGUUUGGGACCCGCCACGUAAAAACAACAACUCCAAUGAAAGAAAAAGCAACGCAAAUGGGUCUGGCAGUGAAUGAGGGCAAGACGAAAUAUCUCCAGUCAUCAAACAAACAGUCGUCGUACUCGCGACUUGGCUCUCACGUCACUGUUGACAGUCAUAACUUUGAGGUUGUAGAUAAUUUCGUCUAUUUAGGAACCAGCAUUAACACCACCACCAAUGUCAGCCUGGAAAUCCAUCGCAGGAUUACUCUUGCCAACAGGUGCUACUUCGUACUGAGUAGGCAAUUAGAAAGUAAAGUCCUCUCUCGACGAACAAAAGCCAAACUCUACAAGUCGCUCAUAAUUCCCGUCCUGCUAUAUGGCGCAGAGGCUUGGACGAUGACAACAACCGAUGAGUCGACGUUGCGAGUUUUCGAGAGAAAAGUUCUGCGAAAGAUUUAUGGUCCUUUGCGCGUUGGCCACGCCGAAUAUCGCAUUCGAUGGAACGAUGAGCUGUACGAGAUAUACGACGACAUUGACAUAGUUCAGCGAAUUACAAGACAGCGGCUGUCAGUUACCUAAAUGAAAAUAAGUGAACGUGAUUAAGUCAUAACAGUGUACCAUAUCUUUUUGCCUAAAAUAAAUAAAUUUGAGUGAAAACUUGACCUAUUUUCUAUACAACUAAUAUUACGAUUUUCGAAUAUCCGAUUGACUUAACUCUAUAUGUUUGGUUUUUUAGCAUGUGGCAUGGUAUUGGAAAACAAGAUAUAAUCUGAAUGAUACUACCCCAACUCCCAUAUAUUACAUAUAUUGAUUUUCGUCUUUAUAACGAGCCUUAUGUGUCUGUCAGUGUGUAAGUUAUAUAUAGUAUAUGUAUAUAUAAAAUUAUUUUGAUUUCGAUCCUCGGGUUCCAAACCUUAAAGUAUUUCACUGGAUUUGAUUCUUUGAAGCUCCAAGAGUAUAAAAUGUUCGGUUGCACCCGAACUUAGCUCUUCCUUACUUGUUUUAAAUCCAUUUUUCUUUAAAGUAUACCAAUACAACCGAAAAUUGUUAUUUGCCCAAUUUAUGCAGCCAAUACCGAUCCAAUCAAAGGCAUGUACGAUAUAUGUAUAAUUAAAAAUAAAAACACCAGUUUAAGUUAUAACAGUUAUGCGACUGGUUGGCUUUAUGAGUUUACAAAGUUUUUGCAAUGCCACUUAAGGGAUCGUCUCAGUGUAAAUUUGUUGCAUUAACGGAUAGUAUACGCUGUAAUAAAUAUUCUCUCAAAUUUUUAAAUCGAAAUUCAAAUUAUUACGGUCGCUACAGCGUUUCUUGUAGAAAGGGAACAGAGUGGAAAACGGAGCGAGUCAAUUUUUAAACGCGUUUUUCUCAGAAUGGUGUUUUUCAAAAUGGAUUCCACUCUAAAAAGAAGAGUUUUGAAGAUAUGUAGUUCCAAUUUAGAGAGAACAAUACUUCCUUAUGAAUGUUUUUUUGUUUUCUUUUUCAUUUCAAAUCUUUUUAUUUUUUCUACGAAAAGCUGUCGAAGAAAGGGCCAUAUUCAGUACUUUUUGUUUAAACCUCCGCAAUUUUGUCAAAUUUCAAAAAGAAAACGGGUCGACUUUAGUAUACAAUCCCGCGAUUUCAGGGUUAAAAGUGGUAUGGUUGGAUAGAGCUGCUGCUCCAGGUUAAGAAAAUAUAUAAUUGUUGCCGCCGCAAACUUAUAGUUUUCGAGGUAUUUGCAUUUAAAGUUGAAAAUUUUGCAAAUUUUAUCUUGCAAUUUCUCGAUAUCUAGUAAUUAUUUAUUUCAUAUUAUGCACUUAUACUUCAUUACAUUGUUUCUACAUAUUUAUUUUUUUAGUAAUUAUUUAGUUAUUUGCUUAAAAUAAGCAUUUUAUAUUUUACACAAGUUUCAUUCCAUGCACAAUAACAAAAGUAUUCCGUGUUGACAGAUAAUAAGUGUUGCCAUAAAUACACAUUUAUCAAACGAAUAAAAAUGAAUAAAAAAUAAGAUUAUACCCCAAAUACAUAAAUAAUUGCCCCUUUUCUUCAUACAUCAUGAUUUUUGAUCGGGCAGGCCGCCAACGCCAAAAAGGAGUCUUACUCAAAAAAAUACCUAACACACCCCUGUGUUCGAUCGUCCAGGGUUAUUUUUUUUUUUUGAAGCGCGGCCGAAGGCCGCCAACGCAAAAAUUAGUUUUACUCAAAAAAAAAAUCCGACACACCCCGGUGUUGGAUCGGCCAGGGUUAUUUUUUACGAACCAAUGCAGAAAGAAGUGGGACGCGAAUGGACUAAUGUUUACCUUGUUUUACCUUUGUUGUAUUGCAAAUAAUCAUUAUGAUCCUUUUAUUAAAUUAUUAGAUUAAACAUACUUAUAAGCCCUUAAACUUUUUUAUUACAAUGGAAAAUUUAUUUCAGAUCGUAUUUGUUUUCUGCGUUUGAGUUUUUAUAUCCAUUCUUUUUCGUUUGAUAAAUGUGUAAUUAUGACAACACUUAAUAUCUGUAAACACUGAAUACUUUUGUUAUUGUGCAUGGAAUGAAAAUUGUGUAAAAUAUAAAAUGCUUAUUUUAAGCAAAUAACUAAAUAAUUACCAAAAAAUAAAUAUGUAGAAACAAUGUAAUGAAGUAUAAGUGCUUAAAAAGUGCAUAAUAUGAAAUAAAUAAUUACUAGAAAUAGAGAAUUUGCAAGAUAAAAUUUUCAACUUUAAAUGCAAAUAUCUCGAAAACUAUAAGUUUGCGGCGACAACAAUUAUAUAUUUUCUUAAUCUGGAUCAUCAGCCCUAUUCAACCAUAUCGCUUUUAACCCUGAAAUCGUGGGAUGGUAUACUAAAGUUUCCCCAAAAAAACUUCCAUGGCGCGAUAGCUAUAAUCAUUUGCGCAAAGGCGUAGGGUAGGUAGGUUCGAGCUAAUGUAGCGCAUGCUUUGAGCUCUUGAAAAUUUUAUUUUAUCAUUUGCGAAAUGCUGUCGCCGUAGCUGAUGUAGCGCACGUUCGAAAUCUUUUAUGUGGAAAAUAAAAAAAGGAUAAAGAUCCUUGUUUACAAAUGUAUUUCUGGGUAAAAUAAGAAUUCAUAUUUUUGGAUUACCGAAAAAUAAUUGUGGCAUAAAUUUUAUAUACUUAUUAAAAUAAUUAAUUUAAAAUGAGAAAUGAUAUUAUUAAAUUUAAGACUUCGCUCAUUCCCAACCGAAUUUGCAUAAUUUUUCUGUAAAUUAACAAUAUUAAACUAAAUAUUAAUUUUUUGAAAAAAUGUUAUUUUGAAAAUGUACUUUAUUUUUAUAAUAUAACACAACCGUCUUAAUACUCGCUCUUCUAAAUUUCAUAUUGCCAAAUUGAAAAUGCCGUCGGCAUAUGUGCAAAUGGGAUAUGUUGCUUCUUCGAAAUCGUCAUAGAAAUGAAAACUGCGUUGUCAAACUGCUGAAGUGACAGCUUCUAGCUUACGAUAUAUGGCAAACUAGAUAGUAUUCUAUAUCUAGUAAGCAAUGAGCAAUGUGGAGUCUCCAGGCAAGAGGCACAGCAAUGCAGCUAGUAUUCUAUAUAUUCUAUCCUGUCGAGAUGCCCCGUAAGGCGAAAGGCAAGUGCGUUAAAUGCAAUUAGCCUUACAGAGUUAACACUCUCAUGGCCGGAAUAAAAUGAGCGAUGCUAAAAAAAAUAUUUGGGUAACAGAUAUGUUUUAAUCGCAACCUUAAUAUGAAAAAAUCGCAACCUUAAAAUUAAAAAAAAAAAAAAAAAAAUUGUGAUGACGUGUAGAUACAGAGACAAUAAGCUCACAAUUGAAUUUUCGUUGAUACUUGUCAUAUGCUUUGGCCGUUAUCGAAAAAGUACAAUGUUGCCUAUAGGCAGCGUCGGGCAUGAGAGGGUUUAUUUUUUCGUACAAGAUCAUUUUAAGGGGUCAGUAGGGUAAUCAUUUUUCAUUUUUUUUUUUUUGCACUUUCUGUUCCCUUAUACCCUUAGAAUUAACCUUUAACUGGUGACAAGCGGUCUCACAGGCCGAGCGGAGUCAGUGAAACAUCAUUUCACCCCCUGAUUUUAGUUUUUACAUAGAUUGUAUUAGAAAGUUAAUAAUUAAAAAUCACAUUUAGAGCCAAUUGAGUAGUUAUAUUUUAUCAUUUUAUAUAUUCAUUUAAUGUAUUGAAAGACUGCAGUAAGCUAUCGUAUAUAGUUUCGAUGCUAUAGACCAUGUAAAGCAGCGGCCUCUUAGGCCGCUCGUCACCAGUUAAGUUACACAAAAAUCAUGUCACCAGUUGAAGGUUAAUGUAGAAACCCACUUUACCAUUGGAAUGUUUCGAAAAAAGACCCAAAAAUAAUAAUACCGCUCGACGUUCGGACCGCUUGGAGUGCACACCAGUGAUCUGCAGUGAAUACUUGGCUUACGAUUAUACUCUCAAAUUCAUGAAUCACCCCCAAUGUUCACUCAUACUUGCUCUCACUAAAAAUAUUAUCUUCUCACAAUCACAUGGCUUGCUUGUGUAAUAAUGAGUGUGAAUAUGUCUCACAAUAGAGAUGAGCGAUAUUGCGAUUUUUAAAUCACUGUGAUUUCAGUGAUUGCUAUCUUUAAAUCACUGUGAUUUUAUAUUGCUAUUGCGAUCGCAACUAAGUCGACGUUCAAACGUCGUUGUUGUUGUUGUAGCGGCAGAUUCUGCCAAUUUGACACUGUUUGGCCGAAUAAAAGUCCGGGUCUGUUCCACUUACCACUUACGUAGGUUUUCCGCCUUUCUUUUCACUACAUUUUUGCAAAUAUUGGAGCGGUUCGACUACCUGACACUUAGAGCGUAUUGCAUAGUUCAUUUGUAUGUUGGUAUGAUGGUUUCACACAUUUCUUAGAAGGAAUUACCAUUAGUGUGGUUGAUAAUUUGUUUGUUUAGAAUACCCGCUUUUAAUAUUUUCAAGACCAAAUAAUUAACGCGAGUUUCCUAAUCUUUGGGAAAAUAUUAAAAACCCGUAAUUUUUUUAUUCCAUCAUUUUUUUCUGAAAUUAAUUAGUUACAAUUCUUGUUUUCAUCACAAAAUGCUUUAUAUAAGAACGUUACACUCAAAACUUCAAACCGCUAUGACGAAAAAUGGCAUAUACGAUAUAUACAAUACCCUGAAAAAAGUUGUUACUUUUCUGCUAUUUGCUAUUGUGAUCGUAAUUCACAGGUUCGAACUGCUAUCGUAAAUCACAGGUUCGAACUGCGAUCGCAAUCACUGGUUCGAACUGCGAUCACAGUUUCGAACUGCGAUCACAAUUCACUGGUUCGAACUGCGAUCACAGUUUCGAACUGCGAUCGCAAUCGCAGAUCAUAGAAGCGAACUGCUAUUUAUAAAAAGUGAUCGCAGUUGCGAUUUGCGAUUUUUCAAUCACAGUGAAAAAAUCACCGGUAGUGAAAUAUCGCUCAUCACUAUCUCACAAUCACUUAUCGCUCACACUUGGCUUGACUUGCUUCUCUGUAUACAAUUGUUUGAAAUAUUCGUUGCUUACCAUUAGAUGAGUUGAAAGGCUCAUGAAUACAUUCACUAAUAAGUGGCUUAUUGUUUAUUCAUGAAUACAUUCACAAAUUCCGUGCCUAUUCAAAAUAUAUUUUAUACCUACGCGGAGGGGUUUUAAAAGGAACGAAACGCGCGAGUCACAUCAACCCCCCCAACAAAACCCAGAAGACACCAAAAAAACAACAACAAUAAAUCA